CACUCAAGCCGCCUGGGGUGGCUGACCUUGCUCGCCAUGGACUCCAGCUACCUCUCCAAGCAGGUCAACAGCAGCAUUGACCAGCUGCACGGCAUCUUUGACGAAAUCGGCGUGCCCGACCAUGAGCGCGAGGCGCGAGAGGCAGAGCUGUUCCAAGCUCUGUCGGAAGCGCUCAACAACCACCUGCGCACGGUGACAAAGGAGAAGAAGGACAUGAUUGACGAAGCCAAAAAGACCGUCACCACGAUUCGACAGAUGGAAGCCUCCAUGGACGACUCCAGGCCCCGACGUAAGAACUCGACCAGCGACGACCUGAAGCUUUCGUAUCCUCUGAUCCCUUGCCUGCAAAGGCUCAAGGAGAAGCAGGGGCAGGUACAGAAGAAGCACAAGGAGCGACUUGAACAAGUCAAGAAGCUCGUUGAAGCCCUCGAAUCAUACUCAUCGCACCUGGAGCCCUCAUUCGUCAAGAUUGCUCUCCCUCCUACCGGUCCCAGCCAAUCUGUCCCCCUGACAUUUGAUCUGUCACCAUCAUAUGUAGCUCGCCUUGACGCAGAGUUUACGCGAGUGUAUGAAGAGUAUACUCGCCGGCUCACGACGGUGGAGACAUUGGGUGACGACAUCAUUCAGCUGUGGGCCGAGCUGGGUGUUCCCCAAGCCCAGCAAGAUACAGCCGUCAUCAAGUAUUACCGCGAAGCCCCUGAGCAACUUGGCCUUCACCAGGAGGAUAUCCAGCGUCUGCAAGCCAAGCAUGAUAAACUAUUGGAAGAGAAGAAGAGUCGCGAAAAGAAGCUACGCGACCUCAAGGCUACAGUCGAGAACCUCUGGGAGAAGCUUGGUAUUGAUGAGGAGGAGACCAAGGCCUUCCUCAGCGAGAACAGAGGCUGCGGGAUCCGCCAGAUUAACGAGUUUGAAGACGAGCUGGAGCGAUUGAAUGUGGUAAAGCGAAAGAACAUGCACAUCUUUAUUGAGGACGCGCGCGUCAAGCUCCAAGAACUCUGGGAUGUCCUGUACUUUUCAGACGAUGACAUGCUCGAGUUUACUCCUGCCUUUUCCGAUGUCUACAGUGAUGCGUUGCUGGAAGCCCAUGAGCGGGAGAUUGCUCGCUUGGAGACAUUGAAAGAGCAACGCGCGCCGAUCCUCGACCUCGUUGCUAAGCACAAGUCUCUGGUUAAAGACCGAGACGAGCUUCUCGCAGCAAGCCAGGAUGCCUCCCGUCUUAUGCUGCGCGGCCAAAAGGGCGAGAAACGCGAUCCCGGAAAGCUGCUUCGCGAAGAAAAAAUGCGCAAGCGCAUCGCCAAGGAGCUGCCCAAGGUGACGGCCGACGUUCGCAAAGCACUCGAGCAAUGGGAGGACGAGUACGAUAGACCGUACUUGGUUUUUGGCGAGCGAUACCUCGAUGAGUUGGAUGCCGAAGACUCAAAGAAGCCAACUCAAACCCGAUCCAGGACUCCAGCAGGCCCUCCUCCGUCGGCCACCAAGGCACUGACGAAAUCAGUGUCAUCUUCAGCAAUCAGGCCUUCCACCACCACCAAGGCCUCGCAACCUCCUCGCUCAAUGACGAAAACUCCUACGGCCAGCGUAUACAACCUAAACAACAAGUCUCAGCCCAUGUUUUCGCAAUCCACCGCAGUGCCCAGCAGCCCUACAAGGCAGCCAAGCACAAGGGCUCCUUUGUCCAAGAUGAAGGAUGGCAGCAACUCGCCAGAGCGGCCUAGAGCACAGUUCCAAAAGAGUAUGGAGGCAUUGCGUAAGGGCGGCUCUGUCAGACUGCCUCCACCCAAGAUGCGCGAACUAAGAUCCGUGGCAUCACUGGAAUCACCAUUUAAGCCUUACAAGUCGAUGGGAUCGAAUGGAUCAACCACCAGCGUUGUGCGUGCGGUUGAGCCUGAAGACGCCUAUGAUGAGAGGCCACAGUCCAGAAUGAGCCGCGAGUCGAGCUUGUCGCACAGUCGCCAGCCCAGCUACAUUGAUGAUGAAGGAGCAAGCCGCUACUCCUCAAUCCGAGAGGUCCCGCGGUACCCUCAAACAGCCCAAAGCAGAUUCACUUCCAGCACAUCGACCACCUCAACCGUUGUCACCGGUUCCGAGAACUGGGAGACGUACGAUGACUAUAGCGAGGAAGAGCCAGAUAUGUCGGACUCGUACUACGCCAAGCUUCGGUCCUCUCGAAGCAAGCGGAUGGAGCCCGAGCAGGGCCACCGACCAGUUAGCAGCGCGGCGAAGCGUACGCGCGGAGUUCCUGCAGCUUACGCACCACCGGUGAUGAUUGACCAAGACGGUAACCGAGUCUCGGGAGGCGGCGAAUGGACAGAGACGGACGAUGACGGCUUUCCUUGAUUGCCUCUCGGUGCUGUUUCAGCCAACGCUGACUACGUCUUGUCUCUCACAGUUGAGGCUGGAAAAUGGUGUAAAUGAGACAUGUGUCUAUGCUACUCGCUGCCUUUGAUCACAUUGGCAGCAAGACGAAUGAAGAGCUUACGAGGAUGCGGGCCAUCUACAAACGGCGUUGCGGAGCCAUUGUCUGUUCUGCAGGCAGUCAAUGGCGCAAUGUAUGCGGCUUCACUUGAUUCUAUUUGUCCGAUUCUUGGACUGGGUUUUAUUCUGUGUUAUAUCUGCGCUGUGCUGAGCAUUGGGCUUUUUUUUGUUGUACUUUUUUCCUCUUUUGACUUCUUCUUCUUUGUCGUUUCUUUCAAUAUUCAAGGAUUGGGGCUAUAUGGGGAAUUCCCAAGGUGUAGGAGGGAGAGGGAAUGGCAAUGGAUUUGGGAAUGGGAUUGGAAAGGCGAAAAGGGACAUGGCGUUGGAUUCUGCUUAUUUUUGCUUGUGUGGUAUUUGCAUGGCUUUGGUUGAUUGAGGGGCCUCUUGUCUCUCUCUUUGUGUCUAUUUCUUUUCAGUUUUUGCAGCAUGAAAAAAUGUUACAAUGUUUGAAGUUUGAG